CAGUGAGAUCACUGGCGUUAUAAAUAUCCCAGUGCCAGCGCCGGGCUCCGUUCGGGUGGCCUCUCUCUCUCCCCUUCUCCCUCUCUCUCCCCCAAGGCUAUGUCCGCCCGGCGCGGCGAGGGGGGCAGCGCCAGAGGCACGCAGCCGCGCGGGGGCUACAGAGCCCAGAGCCAGCCCUACAAGAUGCACUUAGGACCCCCGCGGCUGGAAGAAUGAGCUUGUCCUUCCUCCUCCUCUUCCUCAGCCACCUGAUCCUCAGCGCCUGGGCUCAAGGGGAGAAGCGCCUCGCCCCCAAAGGGCAACUCGGACCCGCUGCCACGGAGAAGAUCCCGGGAGGCUCCAGCAGCCGCCGGAACAGCAGUAGCACCACGUCUUCCUCUGCCUCCUCCCCCGCGACUCCUCCGGGCAGCCCAGGAAGCGGCUUGGAGCAGAGCAGUUUCCAGUGGACGCCCUCGGGACGCCGGACUGGCAGCCUCUACUGCAGAGUGGGCAUCGGCUUCCAUCUGCAGAUCUACCCGGAUGGCAAAGUCAAUGGCUCCCACGAAGCCAAUAUGUUAAGUAUUUUGGAAAUAUUUGCUGUGUCUCAGGGGAUUGUAGGAAUACGAGGAGUUUUCAGCAACAAAUUUUUAGCGAUGUCAAAAAAAGGAAAACUCCAUGCAAGUGCCAAAUUUACAGAUGACUGCAAGUUCAGGGAGCGAUUUCAAGAAAACAGCUACAACACCUAUGCCUCAGCAAUACAUAGAACUGAAAACACGGGGCGCGAGUGGUACGUGGCCCUGAACAAGAGAGGGAAAGCCAAACGGGGCUGCAGCCCCAGGGUAAAACCCCAGCACAUCUCCACCCACUUCCUGCCAAGGUUCAAGCAGUCUGAGCAGCCAGAACUCUCUUUCACAGUGACUGUUCCUGAGAAGAAGAAUCCACCCAAUCCUGUCAAGCCAAAGGUCCCAACCCUUACUGCGCCCCGGAAGAGUCCCAACACAGUGAAAUACAGACUCAAGUUUCGUUUUGGAUAAUGUUCCUCUUGGCCUUGUGAGAAGCCACAGACCCCCCUCAGGAGUUUCCACAGGUGUCUUUACAGCUCUGGAGAAAAAUGUGGACACAGCUUCAGCUCCACUACACCGCAGGGAAGUCAGGUCAUUUGUUUCAGUGGGACUGAAACAAAAAUGUUUGCUGGCAGGUACUGAACUGGAAUUCUUUGUACGGAUACAGGGAGCACACUGCCUCAGUUCAGCAAGACAGGAAGCUUUUUGCUUUAUGCUUAGUGCAUACUAGGACUCUGUUUACAAGAAGUUAAACAGUGUGGACGAUGUAUUUUUCUGACUUUUAUAGAUCAACCCAAAAGAACAUACAUGACAUGUGUUUAUUUUUUUG